AUGUCGUCCUCUUCGUCUUCGCUUCAGGGACCAAACCCCCUGCGUCCCUAUUAUUUCCCUCCGUCCAUGGGCUUGGACGCGGCCAACGCCUCGUCCUCCCCUCCUGAUGCGUCAUCGGCCCAGGUCUUCGGAGGGUCGGCGCGCGACUUACUGCCAGACCUGGACUACUCGGACUACCUUGACAAUUCUCCCUCCGUAUCGAGCUGGGUUCGGGAGGCGCUGGAUCGCGCCAUCUGGCGCUACAUGAGCGUGCUCUUCGCGCAGCCGUUCGACGUCGCCAAAACCAUUCUCCAGACCUACACCAUGUCGGAAGCUGCUGGUGGAAGAGUGAUGGAUGACCGUCGGAGGUCAGCUGCUGGAAUUCAAUCGGACUCGUAUGAUGACGAGGAAGAGGAUGAGGCGUUAUCUUCCGACGACGAGAGCAAUUACUUCACAUCUGCUGCUCCUGCAGUACCAUCCCCAUCCACACCACGUUCGAAAAAGCCCCGUCGUCAUAUCACGGAUCGGAGCGGCUACAUACGUUCGUCUUCGUCGCGCCAUGCCUUGACCAUCAAGAACCCGUCAUCACUCAUGGAGGUCAUCUCCCAGCUAUGGACUACCAGUGGGCCGACGUCGCCGUGGAAGGCGAGCAACGCCACCUUCAUUUACUCUCUACUCCAGCCUACAUUGAAUACCUUUAUUCGCAGUCUUCUCUUCGCCAUACAUCCGCCAGAAGAGCGCAAGCCGUCUACACUCUUCGACAUCUGCAACUCCAGCAUCCGAGACGGCCGAAAUCGAAACCAUCGUCCCUACGCCGCAGACCUACCGCGGCAUCAUCGGCACGAUGUGGAGCAUCGUAUACGAAGAGGGUGA